AUGCGUCGCUAUCAGGGCCUCCUUCCUUGGUCUGUUUUGCUGGCUUCACUUGGAGGAGCACAGGCGAAGCUGGACUUGGACUCGACCAGCAACAUCGUUGUUUACUGGGGGCAGAACUCUUUUAAUGGAAAGGGAGAUGAGGCCCAGCAGCCUUUGGCAUACUACUGCGAUAAUGACGAUAUUGAUGUGAUACCGAUGGCCUUCAAUAUGAUGGUCAAUGGCCCAGGAGGCGCUCCAGAGAUUGAUUUCUCCAUUACCAGCAAGGACUGCGAUGUCUUUGAGGGCACUCAAUUGAAGAAUUGUCCCUCAAUUGGCAAGGACAUUGCGACGUGCCAAAAGAAGAACAAGACGAUUCUUCUUUCAAUCGGUGGAGCCACUUAUAGCGAGGGGGGCUUCAAAUCUGAGGAAGAUGCCAAGGACGGCGCGAAGCUGAUGUGGGAGACUUUUGGCCCCAAGCAAGAGGGCUCCAAAGCUCUUCGUCCCUUCGGUGACGUCGCCUUGGAUGGGUUCGACUUCGACUUUGAGGCCAAUGUCCAACACAUGGCACCCUUCGCCAAUGAGCUGCGCUCGCUAAUGAACGCAGAUAAGAGCAAGCAGAAGUUCUACUUGACAGCAGCACCACAAUGUCCCUACCCCGACCAGGCAGACAAAGAGAUCCUCAACGGCCCUGUGUAUAUCGACGCUAUCUGGGUGCAGUUCUAUAACAACUUUUGUGGCGUCCACAACUUCAACACCGAUAGCUCCAUCAGCAAAUACAACUUCGAAGAGUGGGACAACUGGGCUAAGACGGUGUCUAAUAACAAGGAUGUCAAGGUCAUCAUCGGCGUUCCGGCAUUCACUACCGCGGCUAGCACAGGGUAUAUCCCUGCAUCGCAGUUGGCCAAGGUGAUUGAAUACACGAAGAAGUUCGAGAGUUUUGGGGGUGUUAUGAUGUGGGAUGCUACACAGGCAUAUGGCAAUGAAGGCUUUAUCGAGGACGUUCGAAAAAGCCUGGGCCCUGCGAAUGAUUCCGGUUCGUCGUCGCCCGAUCCGGUGUCAACCUCGGCACCUACCUCUACGUCCACUGACUCAACGAAGACAACAAAACCCACGGACCCAACCACAGCAACAAACCCAACUACGACAACCACGACAACGAUAACAACAACGAUAACGACGACUAUGUCGUCUUCCAAUGCACCCGACUCCUCACACUCGUCUUCCUCCUCCUCAUCUGCUUCUGCUACGCCCAAGGGAGUUGAAGGAACCAAUACCUCCGAUGAACAAAAACCCACCGUUACAACAACGACUACUGUCGCUACCAAUAGCGCAAGUCACAAGCCUGAAAACACAGAGGCAAAGCCGACUAUUGCUGCAUCCACAUCUGCUGAGACAACUGCGGUCCCCACCUCGACUGCUAGCCCACAGAAUGAGAACAACCCGAACAAGGAUGACUCGCACGAUAAUUCAGAUGAUAAAUCAAAGGAUGACAACAAUAGCAAGCCUGUCAUCUCUAUUCUCGGCACCGACCUUCUUAGUUUGCUGGAUGGCAUCCGGAAAGGGAACAAGGUCGUUAGCGGCGUCGCCCAUGAUCUUACUAACAAUCUCCGACAUGCUCAGCGUAACCGUACCUGA